CAUGAGUCAGCCUUGGGAGCAAGGUGAAGGCAACUCACCUGUGCUGCAGGAAGGGAUGGAGCCUGGCUCCAGCUCUUGUAGAUGCAUUUAAGAGCUGGCUACCGGGGGGAAGGAUCUCCUCUGGAGAUCCAGCUUCCUUGGUGUUUUAUAGGUGAGCCCAGGAUACGGACAGAAGGAAAUCAGAUACUUGGAAGCAUGUCUGGGAAGCCAGUUCUGCACUAUGCUAAUAUACGAGGCCGAAUGGAACCAAUAAGGUGGCUGCUAGCGGCUGCUGGAGUUGAGUUUGAAGAACGAAUUAUGAAAUCAAAGGAUGAUUUCCAAAAGUUAAGGACAGAUGGAUACCUGCUGUUCCAGCAAGUGCCCAUGGUGGAGAUCGAUGGGAUGAAGUUGGUGCAGACCAGAGCCAUCCUCAACUACAUAGCAGGGAAAUACAAUCUCUACGGGAAAGACCUGAAGGAGAGAGCCCUAAUUGACAUGUAUGCGGAAGGAUUGGCAGAUCUAUUUGAGUUAAUCAUGUACCACGAAUUCAAACCAGCUAAUGAAAAGGAGAAAGAUCUUGCAAAUAUUAUGGACAAGGCCACAAACAGAUAUUUACCAGUCUUUGAGAAGGUUUUGAAAGACCAUGGGCAUGACUUUCUUGUUGGCAACAAGAUGAGCAAAGCAGAUGUGAGUUUACUGGAAGACAUUUUGUGGUUGGAAGAGUUGAAGCCUGAUGCACUUGCAAAAUUUCCUCUCUUGCAGAGUUUUAAAGCAAGAAUGAGCAAUAUCCCCAGCAUCAAGAAAUUCCUGCAGCCUGGCAGUGCAAAAAAAUCACUGAUUCAGGAAAAAGACAUACCAACUGUGCUAGCAGUUUUCCACUGAACAGCAGCCUAAGAGCAAUGCAACUCCAUUCCAUUGUCUGUGGCAUUCCUGAGAAGCAAAGUGAAAUUAAUGAAAUUAGUUUCACAAGUUUUGUAUGCACGUUGGCAGAUGAAUAUUAACUCAGUUGUCUCAAAUUUAACAAAUUGCUUUAAAUGCUUAAAGUUUUCCAGAAAUAAAGUUGACAUUUAAAUGUU